AUGAGCAAAUUCUGUGAGUCUGAUCAUAGUCAUCAUCGUCCGAGCUUUGUCAAGGUGGACCAUGGAGAUGACAUUGUAUUUGUCUUUGGAAGCACCUUCAUGAGAAGUCAUGUCAAGAUAAGAGGCACUUUCACAGAGGAGGAAGAUGAGCUCUCUAGAACAGUCAUGUCCUACUGGGGCAACUUUGCACGCACCGGAUCUCCCAAUGGUGCUGGGUUAACCCACUGGCCUAUGUACGGUGCUGGGGGAGAGUACUUGGAGAUUGGGCUAAAGCAGCAGGUGGGAAACCAUCUAAGGGCCGACCGCUUCACCUUCUGGACAGAGACACUUCCCAAGAAGAUCCAGGAGAAGCAGCAGCAGCGCAGUGAUGAGCUGUAGACGGCUGAUUCAUAAAUGAUGUAGUGUGAUAAUGCAUCAGUGAAACAAUUUUUAUUGUUUGAAGAGGUUAAAAUGUGACACAAAGUGACACAAUUCCACAAAUUGCGCUUAUUCAAACCCCCAACAAUAAGAAUAGUACUGUAGAUGCAUAGUUGUGCAGCGAUUGGGUUCAACUUAGCCCUGCAAAACCAGUGGCAGUUAUUAAGGUGUUGAACAAACUGUGUCUGUUUUGAGUUUUAAAUGGACUGAAAAUAAAGAAGUGCUCAAUACAUAAAA